AUGGCUUUGGAACGUUCCGACGAUCUCACAGCUAGUAUUUCUUUGCACCUGCCACCGGAAAGAGAUAACCGAAUGCAACCUCCGACACGUGUCGCAAAGACCACCAUGCCGUCACGACGACCGGAUUCCAAGGCGUCAACCAAGAACAACGCAAGAGCGGCGCGAAGGGCGGAGGAGCGUAGGAAUAACCCCUCAAGUCAAACUCCAGGUCAAGCUCCUCCAGCAUCAUCUUCACAUAAUAGCGAAGAUGGCACAUUGUCCUUAGGAGACGCGACUAGUCUCCCAGGGUGUGGCGCAAAGAUCAUCGCCUUCGGUCCUUCCUAUCCAAUGUCGCUAUCAUCAUCCUUCUUUCGCGAACCACGACUUUCGCUCUUGCCAGCAUCAUACACCAUUCUUCCUCAGGGCUGGUACCGUGCUAGAGAUGAGAAUGAAUCAACAUAUUUCUACACCGCCUGCGGCAAAGCGCAAUGGGCUCGGCCAAACCAGCCUGCAAGUAUGGCGGUAUCGACGGAGCGUAAGAGGGAAGCGCAUACCGCUGCAUCCUCGUCAAGUGACAUCGUACACGCCGAAGAGAUAGUUGUCCCGUCCGAGUCUUCGUGCAUCAACCAAAGCAAGGAAGGCCUAGCAGCACCGGGGGAUGGGGAUGGAGAUGGCGACGCCGUUGAAGAGGGAGAAGGUCGUGAAGUAGGUGGAGAGAAGGAGGACGGCGAGAUAGACGAAGAGGCAGAAGUCGAGUUGGAGACUGAGCACAAGGUUAAGGAGAAGGACCAAGCGACAGCAGCUGAGGAUCACGACAAAAGCGCGUACAAGGGUAAAGGCAAGGAGAAAGUGCUGGAAGAAGAAGAAGACAAAGACGAAAGCGAAGAGACUGGAGACAGUGAACGCAAACGCAUCUCAUUGGCCGAUAAUCUAAAGCGUAAGCACAUCUCGUUGGCGGAUUACCAAAAGCGCAAGCAAAUUCCGAGCGUACAGGAAUCAGGACUUCAAGAU